UUAGCGGAAAAAAUUGUGGGAAUUCUGCUACCUUAGGUUGGCGGUAACUAUGAAGGCCAACUAAAUUUUGUCUUGGAUUUUAUUUACAUUGAUAUUUAUUGUUAAUAGUAGAUCUAGAUCUACAGAUCUAGAUUAAUUUUGAAAUUAUGGACAAAAUGAUAGAAAAUCAACCCCCUGUGAAAAAACUUAAACAAGCUACACUGUCUUUUUUCAAAGCAGCUCCUGUAAAGGAAAUGGGAAAAGUUCAGCCCAACGUGCAAUCGAAGAAAAGAAGAAAUUCUAAUUCCCUUGAGUCACCAAGUGGUGGGACAAAAAUCAACAAAGCGUUAGCUCCUAUAUUGGUCAUAGAGUCCCCAAAUUCAAAAGCAUCUAAGAAAAGAAAAGUAUCUCAUAUUUCAGAUGAAGACAAAACUAAUGAAGUAAGCUCCUCCUCAGAGGCUGACUCUGCAUCUGGUAAACAUACAAAUGGAAGAUGUUGUCUAUUAGACAGGUUUGUCAGAGUAUUGCCAGCUGAUGUUCACCAAGAAAUUUCAUCAACAAAUGAAGUUUUGGAUGUAUCAGUUGAAUUUGAAACUGACCAGCCUGAGAAAACACUGGAACCUGAAGAUGUUCCUGAUAAACUUUUGGACACAGCAAAGGUGGGUGAAGAUAAGAUCAUCAUUAUUGAUGACAACUCAUCAGAUUCUUUUUCAAAACCAAUAGCAGAUGAUACACACUCGAAAGUAACACCGUCUGACGUUGUUCCUGCUAUGCCAUUUUCAACACCUGCAAUGUCAGACACUUGUCAAACUGAAAAUGAAAAGCUUUUGUCAAAAACUUUCAGCUUGUCACAAAUAAAUUCUGAAGAAAAUAAAUUUACAGUGGACGCCAGUGAUGUGAAUAAUUCCACUUUGGUAGAUACAAGUGUGUGUUCUGAAAACAAUGUUUCACAAGAAGCUGGGGCUUCAGUUCCUUCAGAAGAGAAUUGCACUGACUUUGAUGGGAACAUCUCUCAUUCAUCAGAUAUUGCCAGUUCUACUCCAUUAAAAUCCAUGGGUAAAAAUUCCUCUGUAAAAGCAAAAAAGAGAACUCCUAAAACACCAUCUUCUGAAAACUCAUCGAAAAAAAGAAAGUCACUAGAAAAGGAGUCAGAAAAGAAAAAAAAGAAAGAGGAGCGAGAAAGGGAAAGAAUGGAAAAGAAGAAAAAGAUUGAAGAAGAAAAGGCAGAAAAGGAAAGAUUAAAACAAGAAAAAAAGCUUAUGAAAGAAGCAAAAGAAAAAGAAAAGCAGGAACAUAAAGAAAAGUUAGAGAAAGAGAGAAUGGAGAAAGAAAAGGCCAAAGAAGAAGAAAGAAAGAAAAAAGAGGAAGAAAAGAUGAAGAAGGAAGAAGAGAAAAGGAAAAAGCAGUUAGCUGUUGAGGCUAAACUGGAAGAAAAGCGCAGAAAGGAGGAGGAAAAAGUUAAGGAGGAGGAAGAGAAGAAAAAAAAGGAAGAAAAAACAAAACAAGUAUUCCAGAAGUUUUUCAUCAAACCAAAAGAUACACCAGUCAAGCAAACUCCCACUUCUGGUAUGUUCAUACCAUUUCAAGUUAAAAAAGACAUGCACCUAGCUCCUAUUGUUAGAAGAGAUGCACUCUCUGAAGAUAAAAAGAAUACAUUGGAUCUUAUCUUAAGCAGUCCUCAGAACUCUGAGAAGACAUAUCUUCAGCAACUGAAGAGUGGUGAUACAAAGCCUCAUAGAACAGGCAGAAUACUUCGCCAUAACCCUAAGCCUGUAGCAGAUGUUGAAGUGAUUCAUGACUCAGAAAUACUCAAAACAGUGACGCACCAAGUCAAGCUACUUCAGUUCCAUACUGAUUAUAGGCCACCAUACUAUGGUACAUGGAGAAAACAACCCAAAAUUUCUCCCAGAAAUCCUUGGAAAAAAGAUGAGUCUGUCUUUGAUUAUGAGGUUGAUAGUGAUGAUGAAUGGGAGGAAGAAGAACCUGGAGAAAGUUUAUCCUGUUCAGAUGGAGAGGAAGAAAAAGGUGAAGAGGUAGAAGAGGAGGAAGAUGAUGGUUGGAUGGUUCCUCAUGGAUAUUUAUCUGAAGGUGAAGGUUGCAGUGAAGAUGAUGAGAUAACACCAGAGAAGCUCAAACGCCAGCAGUUAGCUAAGGCCAAAGCCUGGGAAGAAGAACAAAAUCGUAAACUUCAGGUGGCUCCAUUGAUUACAGUUGGCUGUUUCUUUCAGCAUUCUCCUAGUGUAACCAUGAGUGGGGAUGUUCGACUGCUCUAUGAGUUUAGGGCUGUUGUGUUGGCAACAUCUACCCCAAUACCAACAUGUCUUUAUGGUAGCUCAGAACUUGAAAAGGAGGAACUAACACCACUUAAGAGUCCAGCAGCAACAACUCCUAAAGGUCCAAGGAAGAAGUCUGUACCAGAUGAAGCCAUGCCAGACCUGAUCAGACUUGUACAUGGAAAUGUAUCAGGAAUCAAAAGAUUAAUUCGAGAGUUCAGAAUAUACUGGUUCAAACAGCUAAAUCCAACAUCCACAGUCACCUUAUCUCCUGAGAAAGUGGAUAAGUUGAAUGUCACUUUAGGUGAUAUAAAUGACAGUGUCAAUAUUAAUGAAAGUUUAAAUGAGGCAGUACCUUGUGAAUCUGAAGAAAAACAAAAAUCUGGUGGUGAUGUAAUUAAUGAUGAUGGCAUAUCAAAGCGUCAGCUGGAAUUAACUAUAGCUUCUAUUGCUGUUCGUGAAAAGCGUGAUUGCUUCCCAAAAAACUGUUGGUAUGUUCACGAGCAUAUUCUAAAACAGUAUAACAUGACAGACAUUCAUUUGCCCAAUUCCUGGGUUUAUCUGACAGCUCCACCCAAAAUUAAGGGAACACCAAACUCCAAAUCUCAGGGAACACCUAAUAACAAAUCACAUGAAACCCCUAAGAGUAAAACAAAAGUGACACCAAAGCUAAAAUCACACCGAACACCUAAGUCAAAAGUAUUAGAAACACCAAAAUCUGAUACCAAUGCAGAAGUUCUAAAUGAAUCAGAUAAAACAGAGAAAGAAGUGGUGUUAAAACAGCCUCCUAAGGAUCAGCGAUCUAUCAAAGACUUUGCUCUCUCUAAAGAAGAGUUGUCAAAAAAAAUUUGUCAGCCAGCCAAAUCAGAAAUUUCGAAAGAAGAGAUUAGCAAAGUGAAUCAACCACAGCAGUCAACUCCCAAAGAUCUAAAAAAAAAUUCCAAUCAAAGGUCAAUAAUGGAAUUUGCCAAGAAGCCAAAAUGUUCUGAAAAAAUUGCUGAGUCUACGGAUAGUAAGCUGAAAAUGAAAUGUGCUGUCCUACUUGAUAAUCAUCUGAAGCUUAAUAUGUUAGCUACAGCUGCAGAUACACAGCCUUCUACUGAAGGCAGCUCUAGUGUGGAGUCCAUGGAGACAGAAGAAUGUUUACCAGUACCAACAUCAACAGUUAAACCUAUCUCUUCAAAAGAAAGUGAAAUGGCUACUGGUACUUCAAAUGCAGUUGAUCAAGAAAAAAGAGAUUACAUUUUAGUUGAAUGAGGUGUUGUAUAGGAGUAAAGAUCCUGUAUUUAUUUAUUUCAUUUUUCUAUGUGACUGUUUAAUCUCAUAAGUUUUCAUUCGUAAUCUGCCAAGGUUCUGAAAUGGUUAAGAUAAGGAAAACUUGAUUAGACAUUUGAUAUAAAGCACUAUUAAACCAAUACAAUGCUUGAGAUGUAAGCACUGUUAGACGUGUCAAGCAACUUAAGUAUCCAUAUUAUUUUAUUAAUUGGCUUUACUAAAUUGUUUCUAAACAUGAGAAAUGAAGAAUGGAAAAGUUAGUUGUAUGUUAAUGUUGGGGUACUAGAGAAGUGUUGAUGAGACUAGUGUUGUUUAUAUUUUUGGAGGUUCAAUGAUAGAAUUUGUUUUUGGUAGCUUAUGAAUGCUAUUAAACACAUUUAAUUAAAAAAUGUUAGUAAAAUUAUACAAUAAAGGUUAGAAAGUGAUAAAACUUUUAGAUUUUUUUUUACCCAAAGCCUGUACCUCAAAAGAAAAGAAAAUGUUUUUUUUUUAAAUUUUGUUAAAUAACAUACAAAACAUGUAUACAAUUGAAGUUGACCAAAUGCAAAAUUAAGGAUGGUAACAUGAGGAAUGAUUACAUUGAAAUGGCUAUUUCAACUUUCUUUCUAAAAUGACUUGCUAAUACAUAUAGCCAUAAGGCUGUUUUCUCCUUAACAAAUUUAUUUAAAUAGAAAAAAUGUUGAAUGUCUGUGAAUCCUUUUGCCUUAGUUAUAAACAAAUGUAUUAAUUAAACAUGUAUGAAUCAAUUAGUUCAGUUGUUUGAAUGUGGUCAGAAAUAUGAGUCAUGUCAUAAAUAAGAAUAUAUAUAUGGUUGUAUAUAAACUUGUCAGUUGUGAUGUUUUUGUUUCAAUGUUGUAUUCACUUUUGGUAAUUACCAAUCCAAAAUUGUGUGUAAUCAUUAAAAUGACAUACAAGAUUGUUUGAUUUAUUCAUUGAUGAUUACUAGCACACGUUUCGUAACCACUUCUUUUAUAGUCCAUAUUUGAUAGUAUGAUUUGGAUAUUUAGAAUAUCACCUCUGCUAGUUAGAAUAUAAACUAAUAGAUGCUACACAAGGAUUCAGUGGUGCAAACAUUUUUCUUCACUUGUUCUCAUAUGAUAACCUUUUGUUCAAAACUGGAUGGGGCUUUUGAUUCCACUAUUAUGUAACAAUGAUUAACCAAGAACUAGAUAUAUAUUUUUAACUUCCUAAGCUUUAGACCACUAUAUUUGUUUAGACAAGGAAAAAAUUAAGUAUUUGUUCCUGUUUAAAAUAAGUUUUAGGGGAUUAAAUCUAUCAUUAAAAGAAAAGUAUGACAAAAAAUGUUUAAAUGAACAUUGAUUUAUUUAUUAUUUGUAGAAAUUUGUCAAAUGAAUGCAUAGUUUGUUAGACCUAAUUUUAUUGUAGCUAUCCAACUAAAAGAAAGUUUUGGACUUUUAUUUUUCCAUACUUUGAAGUCUAUUUCACUUACUGUUUGAUGUAUAUCCAUAACUUUUGCAUUGGUUAUAAUUUUAUUCAUUAAUAUUUUAAUUCUGUAGAUACUGUAGAAUGAAGACAAGAUUGCCAUUUUUGUGUACUAUCUUGUUAAACAAUUUACACUUUAUACUGUUUGACAUUGUGUGUCUGAAACUAAUGUAAAUAGCGUAGAAUCAUUUCGUAGUAAUAAAGCAGAUUAAUCUAAUAA